GGCGGCGGGGCGGGCGUUGCCAUGGAGGAGCUGAGCGCGGCCUUGGCGCUCGGUGUCUCCCUGGCGGCUCCCAACAGCCCGGCGGCCCCGCACCCCCGCCUGGCCGCCUACAAGCCCCGCGGAGCAUCGGGACAGGCCGAGCGCCGCCAGCGCCUCCUCCGCCUUCAGAGAGAGAGGCGGCUGGACUACGUGAACCAUGCCAGGAGGCUGGCAGAGGAUGACUGGGCAGGGGUGGAGAGUGAGGGCGAAGAGGAGGAGGAGAAAAAUGAAGAGGAAGAGGAGAUGGACGUGGAUGCUGGCAAAAAACUGCCCAAGCGCUACGCCAACCAGCUGAUGCUGUCUGAAUGGCUGGUCGAUGUCCCCUUAGAUCUUGAGCAGGAGUGGGUUGUCGUGGUGUGUCCCGUCGGGAAAAGGGCGCUGGUCGUGGCAUCCAGGGGCACGACAGCAGCUUACACCAAGAGCGGCUUCUGCGUCAACAGGUUCCCGUCCCUGCUGCCGGGGGGGAACCGGCACAAUUCCACGAGCGAGAAAGUGUACUGCAUCUUGGACUGCAUCUACAGCGAGGUCAAGCAGACGUACUAUAUCCUGGAUGUGAUGUGCUGGAGAGGACACCCUGUCUAUGACUGCCAGACCGACUUCAGAUUCUUCUGGCUUUUCUCAAAGAUCCAAGAGGAGGAAGGGCUGGGAGAGAAAAGCAGGAUUAAUCCAUUCAAAUUUGUGGGCCUGCAGAACUUCCCCUGCACCUCGGACAGCCUGUGUAAGGUGCUGGCUAUGGACUUCCCCUUCGAGGUCGAUGGUCUUCUCUUCUACCACAAGCAAACCCACUACACCCCUGGCAGCACCCCUCUGGUGGGCUGGCUCCGACCUUACAUGGUCCCCGAAAUCCUGGGGCUCUCGGUGCCCGUCACCGCGCUCACCGCCAAACCGGACUACGCCGGGCGCCAGCUCCAGCAGAUCAUCCAGAGCAAGAAGAAUAAAAAACUGGCAGGGGAAAAGGGGCAGCCCAACGGACAUUACGAGCUGGAACACUUGUCCACCCCUCAGGCAGUGACCUCUCCUCAGGGCCAGGAGGAAGCAGGGAGCCUGAUGGAGAAUUAGGCUGGUGGGACGGAGCGGUUGGGUAAGGAGACAGCAGAAGGUUCUCCUGCUUCUCACCAUCACUCAUGCUCCCUGAGACGGGGGGGCAAAAGUAAUGAUAGGAUGGGUUUGUUUAAAAGGCACAGAAGUGGAAUUUCUUCCCCCAAGUGCCACAAG